AUGGCAAAGUAUAAGAAAGGAAAAGAUGCGAAAUACGCAGAUGUCGUUGCAGAUGACGACGACGUUUAUCCUAUGGCUAGAAAGGUUGCGGAGCAUACUAAAGAGAAAGACCAAGAAAUCCAUGCAUCCCACUUCGAACUGGACGGAAAAGCGUUCUCUGCAAUCAACAAGGCCAUGCUUCCGAUUUAUAUCGAAGACCCACAUGAAUACUUCGAUGAAUUUGGUUUCCGAAAACAAGAGGAAGAUGAUCAUGAUCCAAGUUCUGAUGAUGAAGAAAAACGUAAUAAUGCUGCAUCUCCUCUGGAAGACAGUGGUCAUAAAUUAAAAUUAAUUUCAUAUCUGCAAGAUGUGCACAAGGAAGUGAAAGGCGACGUCUUGUGGUCGCACAUCGAUGGGCCCGAACUAAAAACGGAUAGAUUUGAAGAGCUGCUUAAAGAUGGCGGCAUCCCGCAUUCGAUGCGUCCGUUUCUUUGGCCUCGUCUCUGUGGGGCCACGAAGAAACAGAGUGAAGCGAAAUACACAUACGAGAGUGUGCUGCAACAGUGUGCUCAGGAUAAGCCUUCAAUUGGAGUUCAAAUUGAAAGAGAUCUUCUGAGAACUCAACCCAAUAAUAUUUGUUUUUGGAAGAAAAAUUCCGAGGGAGUCGAAGCUUUGAGACGGAUUCUGAAAUGUGUUGCGUUCAUUUAUCCUGAUCUGGGAUAUUGCCAAGGAAUGGGUAUAAUUGUGGCGACGCUUCUACUGUACUGCUCUGAAGAAACCACAUUUUGGAUGAUGACCGCUCUUAUAGAAGACAUAUUGCCUCCCAACUUCUACACACAAACCCUUCUAGGACUACAAGCCGAUGAACGAGUGUCUAGACACCUGAUGCGGUGCCAUGUACCAGAUUUGAACAAAGCACUUGAAGACUACGACGUUGAGAUAUCGCUUCUGACUGUCAACUGGCUGCUAACUCUAUUCGGUUCGGUGUUUCGUACUCGAGUGCUAUUGAGAGUAUGGGAUUUCAUAUUUUAUUCGGGAAGUGUGAAUAUUUUCCGAGUAAUGAUCUCAAUUUUGAAAAUGAAAGAACAGGAGAUAGUAGAAAUUGCGGAAUCUACAAAAUCGUCAGCGGAUAUUUUCACAGCGUUGAGUCAGCUGCCGGCAUCGGUAAUACUUGCCAACUAUAUCGUUUUUGUUAUUAAAAAUGGUUUUCAGGUUACUGAAGUGGAAAAAGUUAUCGAAUACAUGGGCUCAUUCGAAUUCACAAUCACUGACCACUUAAUCGCAGAGCUACGCAAGAAACAUCAAGCCGUUUUGAUGGCUGAUCAGGGAAUGAUUGUGAACACAUCGACUGAUACCAACUUGCCAAAGCAAACAACUCAAAGAAGAAAAUUGACUAGGUCCAAGUCAAUUAUCAAACAGAUUUUUAGUUCUAGAGAUGAGAGUGGAAAUGAUCCAAAAAGCAAGAACAUUCGUCAAACUGAAAUUUUAGUGGAUCUCAAAGAGUCAGUGUUGCAAAUUUGUCGGUAUUUUGUUGCUUGUGAUGAGAAAAUGGAGUUGAAUGUAUGCACACAGGCAGACUAUAGUCCGGAAAGUCACAACCAGGAUAUUCCCAAUUACUUGAAAGGCCGUCGUGUCGGAGCCAAAAGAGCUCGUGCUCUUUUAGAUUUUGCCAGAGAAGAGGAGAAUGAGCUUGGGUUCAGGAAAAACGACAUCAUCACCAUAAUUAGCGAGAAGGACGAGCACUGCUGGGUGGGCGAGGUCAAUGGACUACGCGGCUGGUUUCCCGCAAAAUUUGUUGAAGUGGUUGAUGAGAGAGGAAAGAGCUACACGAUUUAUGGAGAUGAAGCCGUGUCACCCGAGAUCACAGAAUAUAUACGAGGACGAUUAGCUAAUAGCUUUCGACAAAUAAUGGACCACGGGAUUCGAGAGAAUGUGCUGCACAUUGCAAUGGCUUACCAUCCAUGGUCGUUCAUUGAGGAUAUUGCAUAUUAUUCUGUGGAGAGGAAUUUCAAUUCGGUUUAUUCAAGAUUGACAUUGUGUAAUACGUUCAAUCUUGAUGAAGAUGGAAAAAUCUUGACCCCAGAAGAACUUCUCUUUCGAUCAGUUCAACUUAUCAAUGAUUCGCAUAACGCCGUAUCAGCGCAUUCUGAUGUAAAACUAAGAAGUCUUCUUGUCGUCGGGGUCAACGAGCAAUGUCUCCAUCUCUGGUUUGACCUUCUCUGUUCCGCCACACAACACGAACACAUCAGAAAUAAAUACUACCACAGUUGGGCAUUCAUACGAUCACCGGCAUGGCGCCAAAUCAAGUGUGACCUACGACUUCUGAGUCAAUUCUCGUUCAACCUUAGCAUGUCAUUUGAAAUCGAGGGGAUUGACAAGAAAAAGAGGAAGUUUGUAAAUGGGCUACUCACCAGUCAAAAGAAAAAGAUUCUCUCGACGGUUAUGUCAUCUUCACAAGACAAACAAAAUGGAGACGAACCGUUGAAACAAGGUGUCACUGAUAUGCUUAUCAAGCAUCACUUGUUCAGUUGGGAUUUGUGA